AUGCUUUUCGCAGCAGCUGUAUGCUUCCUGGGAGAAACAUUGUCGCAGGAUUCAGUUCCACCGUCGAAAGUCGCUUUCAGUCGGCUGCACUCGACGCUCUUUGCUGUACCUCUGAUGCUCUUUCUCGCUCGAGCUAGUCUCUGGUACUCCCACAGCGGUCGAGUCAAUUUUCACCCCAUUGACUUGCUCAUCUAUGAGGGCAAAGUUCAGCACACGGCCUGGCUUUCGCAGGCAUCGGCUAGCAACUCUUUCUUCACUGCCAGCAGAAAGUACAAGCAGCGAUACCACCAACCUCCGCCGCCCAAUUUCAACAAGUGGUACGAGUAUGCUAGCAGCCGGUCCGCGGUCGUCACCGAUGACUUCGACAAUGUCUACGACGAUCUGCUGCCCUUCUGGUCGCUAUCGCCCUCGGAGAUACGGCGGUAUACGUGGGAUAUCCUAUCCCAGAGCAACAAUGGCGUGGGAGGCAUCAGCAUACGCGACGGCAAGGUGGACGUGUUGCCUGGCACUCCAGGCACCCACCGCUGGAUGCUUGAUGGCGCAAUCCGCAUCAUCGAAAAUUUCGUGGAAUGGCUUCCUGACAUGGACCUUGCGCUUAAUCUGAAUGAUGAACCUCGUGUUGCCGUACCGUAUCGGGACAUCGAGAAGAUGCGCAGGAAGGGACGGCAACCAAGAUUGGUCGGGGCUAAUAAGAUCACGAAGUUUAGCGACAAUCGAGCUGGUGGAUGGGCGCCAGUCACAGAGGAACAGUUCCCCGAUACGAAUUUUGAGAUGCUGUCCUUCCAGCGCACAUUCUAUGAGUAUGGCUCGGUCGGCUGCCCACCCUCAUCUCCGGCCCGCCGCCAACGCCUCUGGGAUACGUCCCAGCUCUGCAUGACCUGUACAUAUCCUCACUCCCUAGGCCAGUUUGUGUCGAACUGGACCCUAUCGGGCGACGUAUGCCAUCAACCCGACCUCGCCGACCUCCACGGGCUCUACCUUUCACCAGCCGCCUUCCAAGGCUCCCACAAGCUCUUCCCCAUCUUCAGCCAGAGCAAAGCCGGCGGCUUCAACGACAUCCGGUUCCCCUCACCCUGGAACUAUAUGGACAAGGUCGCCUACGCGCCGAACGAGGUGUACCCUGACCCUUCUUUCCGCGAUAAAAAGGUCUCUCUCUUCUGGCGCGGCGUCACCUCCGAAGGCGUCUCGCCCGGCACCGGAGUCUGGAAAGGCAUGUCUCGUCAGCGCCUCGUCCAUCUCGCCAGCAAUCCCACAGCGCCCCAACACGUCCUCCUCCCGGUCUCCGAAGGUGCGAAGCAAUUCGCCUACACGCCCGUCGCGCCGUCGGAGUUAAAGAAACUACUCAGCACGGACGUCCACUUCGUCGACCCCAUCGUCCGCUGCGGCGGCCGCGACUGCGCCGACCAAGCCGCAGAAUUCGGCUUCGGCGAUAAGGUCGACUUCCAGGAACACUGGGGGUACAAGUUCCUCUUCGACGCCGAUGGCGCGGGCUUCAGUGGGCGCUUCCUGCCGUUCCUGCAGAGUCGGAGCUUGCCGUUCAAGAGCGCGUUGUUCCGCGAGUGGUGGGAGGGAAGACUGACGCCGUGGCUGCAUUUUGUGCCGGUGGACUUGAGGAUGCACGGGCUGUGGAGUACGCUUGCGUAUUUUGCGGGUGUGGAUGGACUGGUUGGGGGACGGAAGGUCAAGUGGGAGCCGAAGGGAAGGGAGGCGGAGAUGAUUGCGGAGGAGGGGAGGGAGUGGGCGGGGAAGGUACUAAGGAAGGAAGAUAUGGAGAUUUAUUUCUUUAGGCUGUUGUUAGAGUGGGGGAGGCUGACGGAUGAUAGGAGGGAUGAGCUGGGGAUGUAUAUUCCGUGA